CAAGAAUCUAUCGGGGCACAAUUUCAGAAGACGCGUGCAUGCCCUUGUCAGAUGUCACAUUACAAUAAUUUAGUCGGGAGUUAAUGUGUUUCUUUACUGUAUGAUAAUUGCGGUGGUAAAAUUAGAAUAAUCAUUCACGAUGACUUGGGUGCUCUCUCAUAUAUGAUGUGGUGAUUAGAUUCGAUGGAAAUAUUGAUUUAUUUCUAUUAUCUUUGGUUGAUUGAGGUAUAAAUGAUAAAAGUGAAACAUGUCGAUAUUACGAAUUGCCAUGCUCUUGAAGCCCCAUUUUCAUCAUUCGGGAGCAUCAAGUAAUCAUUGGAUGAGAUGUUGCUUUGAGAAGAAAAUACAUUUUUUGAAGACAGUGAAGGGAAAGUUCAAUACGUACCUUCACAAACAACCUAAUACAAAAUCUGGACUGCAGCGUCAGCCUCAAGGCGCACUGCUAGGAUUUGGCGGACUUGGAAUAGCGACGGCUUGUUUUCUGAGGUUGCAAGCAAGUACAGUAGCAUGCGAGAAUAAUAGAACUGUUGGUGCAAUCAAAAUUAUAGAAAAUGAGUCUCAUUUUCCAUGGACCAAAUUUUUUCAGUAUCUAUAUCCCCACAUUUGGUACUUCUUAUUAGCACUAACUAGCGCCCUCAUGGUUGCUGUACUGAAUAUUUGGAUACCCCAAUGUACAGGUGGGGUGAUAAAUGUAGUAGCAAAAUUUGCUGGAAAUAAAAAUGGCUCUUUAGAAAAUGGCAGCAAUUCUGCAUUCACAAUAGCUGAAAAUCUGGCGAGUCCUGCCUACCGUUUGGCACGCAUGUAUGUAGCCCAAGCACUGUUCACUUUUGUAUAUAUCUAUACGCUUUCUGGCAUUGGAGAAAAAAUAGCCAUGAAGCUUCGACAGGAUUUAUUUAAGUCAAUAAUCAUGCAGGACAUGGCCUUUUUUGAUCGCCACCGAACUGGUGAAAUAGUUAGUCGUUUGACUACAGACAUACAAGAUUUUAAGAGCUCCUUCAAAAUGUGUAUAUCCCAAGGGCUGAGAAGUAUCACUCAAAUUGUAGGCUGUGUCAUAUCUAUCACAAUGAUUUCACCUCAACUUACUGGAAUUAUGGUGCUGUGUGUUCCGACUGUUAUACUUGUUGGUGCUCUGCUAGGCUCAAGUUUGAGGAAAUUAUCCAGAAAUGCUCAAAAUCAAACAUCAAAGUCAAUUGCAGUUUCCGAAGAGGCAUUGAGUAACAUUAGAACAGUACGGGCUUUUGCUGCUGAAGAAAGAGAAAUAGAGAUGUUUUCUAAAGAAGUUGCUCUAGCAGCGACAAUGCAAGAGCAUCUAGGCUUUGGUAUCGGCCUUUUCCAGGCAGGGACCAACUUAUUUCUGAAUGGAAUUGUUCUGGGUACGCUUUACCUUGGUGGUCAUUUGAUGUCAAUUGGCCAGUUGACUCCUGGAGAUUUAAUAGCGUUUCUCUUGGCAACCCAGACAAUUCAAAGAUCCUUAACUCAGCUCUCUCUACUGUUCGGUAGCUAUGUCAAUGGAAUUAGCGCAGGUGGAAGAGUUUUCGAAUUCCUUAAUCUACCUCCGUCCCCAAUGAUGGUUGGAGGUGAAGUCAUUACAGACAGAUGCUUCAGGGGUAACAUUGAAUUCAAAAAUGUCACAUUUGAAUAUCCCACACGGCCAAAUAAGUCUGUUCUGAAGAAUUUCAAUCUCAAAAUUCCUGCUGGUAAGACAGUAGCUAUUGUUGGCUCGAGUGGAAAUGGAAAAACCACAGUGGCUGCUUUGCUAGAAAGGUUGUACGACGUCGAUGAGGGAUCGAUUGAAAUCGAUGGUACGGAUAUCAGAUCCCUGAAUUCCAGCUACCUUAGAGGUGGAGUAUUGGGGUAUAUUAAUCAGGAGCCUAUACUAUUUGCAACAACGAUUAUGGAAAAUAUUCGAUAUGGAAUGCAUGGCGCUACAGACUUGGAGGUGAUUGCGGCUGCAAGAGAAGCUAAUGCAGAUCAAUUUAUUCGUAAUUUUCCUGACGGAUACAACACUCUUGUCGGCGAAAGAGGUACACAAUUAUCAGGUGGUCAGAAACAGCGAGUAGCAAUCGCGAGAGCGCUGCUCAAAAAUCCCUCUAUUCUCAUUCUGGAUGAAGCUACAAGUGCCUUGGACUAUGAAAGUGAAAGAAUUGUUCAAAGAGCACUAGAGUCAGCAGCUAAGGGUAGAACUGUCCUUGUGAUCGCUCAUAGGUUGAGCACAGUAAAAAACGCGGAUAUUAUUGUAGUUCUACAGAAUGGCGUCAUUAUUGAGAUGGGUAAACACGAAGAAUUGACGGCAAAGAAAGGAGCCUAUUACCACCUUGUAAGUCAGCAAGAGAAACAGCAAGAAAAAGAAAGCGAACGUCAACACGGAUGAGUGUGAUGAAACAUCAUUAGAAUGGAAGGUAUUUGCAAGUAUGCUAAGUUCAUCUGUGUGUGGUUGAGGUGGUUACAAACAUCUACGAUGUCGCCUUUCAUAGCAUUCAGAAACCUUUAGGUAAGAAACGUGUACAGAUAUCAAGACCAAUAUAACAUAUUAUAGUGAAUGAUUUGCAAUAAAUUGUAAUAUCAGAACCAUAA